GGCCACACCAAAUUCCCCAGCUCUCUCCACUCCCCGCCGCCCGCCGCCACCAUGCUCCGCCUCCAAAAACAUCUCCUCCCCCUCCACCGCUCCACCUCCCCCAUACAUCUCUCCCUCCAGCGCGCCCUCCUGUCCAUCGCUGCCGCGGCCUCCUCCUCCCCGAGCCACUUCGCCGCGGAGGACUACCUCGUCACCACCUGCGGCCUCACCCGGGAGGAAGCCGCAAAGGCCACCAAAUGCUUCUCCCACUGGAAAUCCCCCGCCAACGCCGACGCCGUGCUCGCCUUCCUCACCGGCCCGGCGCUCGGCCUCUCCAAGGCUGACAUCGCGCUCCUCGUGACCAAAGACCCGCGCAUCCUCAACAGCAGCGUCGACAACAACCUGCGGGCCCGCUUGGACGGCUUCCGCAGCCACGGCUUCUCCACCGCGCAGAUCCGCAGCUUCGUCCGUGCGUCCCCCUGCGCCUUCCGCACCUUCAACAUCGACGCGAAGCUCGGCUUCUGGAUAUCUUUCUUUGGCUCGCCCGACAAGUUCCUCCGCAUCACCAGGCGUAACUUCUACCUCGUCUACUCCGACCUCGACAAGGUGGUCAAGACCAACAUCCGGCUGCUUCAGGAGCGCGGGUUAUCUGUUCAGGACAUUAACAGUAUGUGCGUGACCAACCCGAGGCUGCUCACCUGCUACCCGGACGUCACCAGAGCCGUCCUCAUGCGCGCCGACGAGCUCGGCGUGCCGCGCAACUCGUUUAUGUUCAGGCAGGCGGUGAAGACCGCGGCGGGCCUCGGCCCGGAGACGAUGGCCUCUAAGCUCAAGAUGAUGAGCAAGACAUUCGGGUGCUCCGAUGCUGAGGUUGCCAGAAUGGUGCAAAUGAACCCACUGGUGCUGACGUCCUCCAUGGAGAGACUUCAGCGUGUGUACGAGUUCUUGACCAAGGUGGUUGGAGUUGAUGCCAAGUACAUCCAGGGCAGGCCCACGAUCCUGAUGUACAGCCUGGAGCGCCGGCUGGCACCCCGGAAUUACGUGAUGAAGAUGCUCCAGGAGAAAGGAUUGAUCCGGAAAGAUUUGAGCUUCUACUCGAUGGUUACAAUUGGCGAGAAGAUGUUCUACUCGAGGGGUUUGCAGGGGACAACAUAAUGUCUUUGUGAUUUGUGUAGGGGUGUUUUCUUACAUGUCUGUUAUGACCUGUCAAUUUUUAAACAUGGGAUGUAUAUUGAGUUUUAGGAUUUUGGGGACAAAUAUGGUUCCUUGAUUUUUCAUUUCAACUUGUUUAUUCAAUUGCAAGUUCCAGUUUUUGACAAAAUAUUCAUGCCCACCUUUCUGCUUCACUCAGGCCAUUGGUAUCCAGAAUGAUGUUGGUUAAGAAAUUAAUCUCACUUUCUUUCCAUGAUUGUGUUUUUAUAGUCAUGUGCUUAGCCUUGCCUUCUCUGAACUAUGAGUCUUUGAGCAUUUUUUCAGCUAGGUGAA